UAGUCUUCAGCUUUGAUAUUCACCUCCAAUUUCAUAUUCGUACAUUUUUGAUAUUCAUUUUCCACUUCUAUAUCUGACAUGCUGUUGCGAGCCAGUAAAAGAGAGAAGUUGAAGCAGCUUCGUGAAGCCAGAAAAACUGGUGCAAGUGUUGCUGAUUUUGCCGUAUCAGAAGAAGAAGAUCUCGAUGUCGGAAUCUACGAUGAAGUCGACGAGGAAACAUAUCGAGAACACAAGAGAAAACAGUUGAUGAACGAUGACUUUAUUGUGGACGAUAAUGGAGAAGGUUACGUAGACAAUGGGGUAGAUGAAUGGGACGAUUCUACUAGGCCAAACUACUAUUCAGAUGAAGAAGAGGCACAAGCUGGGACUAAGAGAAAAAAGAAAAGUCAAAGACCUGUCAAGGUCACCAAGGUAGCCCAGAUAAGCAACUAUUUCAAGCCUGCUGGCGGUGCUGCUCCCGUACAGUCCAAGAAGGUUGACGCCAACAUCGAUGACAUUCUUGACGACUUUGCUGAUUCCGUUCCUACAAAGAAGAAGGCCAAGAGGGAAGUCACCAAUAUCUUCAAGAACAACUCAAGCAAUAAUAAGGUCAUGAAAACGAAGAAGAAAACCUUCAAUUUCUCGACUUCUGUCAAAUCUGAAAAAUCAGUCAAACAUGUUUCCAUAGACGUUGAAGAUGACAACGACUCUCAAGACUUCUCUAUGGAUAUGGACACGGAGGAGCAACCUUCUUCUCCUAUUAAGAAGGUGAAGGAUGAGGUUAUUGCAGAAGAGAAGGAGAAUAUCGAUCCUUCUACGAAGGCUUUAAACGUUGCAGAAAACGAGCUGGUAGAAGAGUCUGACGAUUCUGAAGAUGAAAUCGUUGUUUCUAGACGACCACGUGCUGUUGCUGCUAACAAGAACAACAGAGCAACUUUUUCUUCUGUAAAAGCUGUAGAUAUCCCUUCAUCUUCUCCCACUAGAGCCACGUCUUAUUCGCAGAUCAACUAUACUGAAAAGUUGGACGAAGCACUAAUUGUCGGCUCUAACGAUGACAAGGACUCGUUCAAGAUGUUUUGGCUAGACUACUGUGAAGUUGAUUCAUCCUUGCUUCUUUUCGGUAAGAUCUUGACUCGUGAAGGUAAUCUAGUGUCAGGUGUCGUCAAAAUCAAUGGACUUUGUAGAGAGUUAUACUUCUUGCCCAGAAAGUUUCGUUUGGUAGACGAUGAAGAGGACGUACAGCAGCCUGUAACAGCUCUUGAUGUCAACGACGAAGUUACACCAUUGUUGUUACAUCAAUUUGGCUUGGAUGGGCUCAGGGCAAAACCAGAAAAGAUGAAGUAUGCCUUUGAGCUUGCCGGAAUUCCUAAGGAGACCGAGUAUUUGAAGAUUUUGUUGCCUUUCAAGACCAAUAAGAACAAGAAUAUAGUGAUGCCAUCUGAGCUUGAAGGUGAAACCUUCAGCCAUGUGUUUGGAACAAAUGCAAGUAUCUUCGAAGCAUUUGUUCUACAGAGAAACAUCAUGGGCCCAUGUUGGAUUGAAGUUUCCAAUGGUGACUUCAAUUCUAUUCAAAACACAUCCCACUGUCAGGUAGAGGUAUCCAUUGAUUCUCCGUCUUAUAUCAAGCCAAUUUCUGAAGCUCCAAAGGCUCCCAACUUGACAGUGACGUCCAUUGCUGUUCAAACUGUCAUGAAUCCAAAGCAAAACAAGCAAGAAGUAGUAGCCGUAUCUCUUGCUACUUUUCGUGAUGUUCCACAGGAUGCUCCUAUCGAUGAAAAUCUCCAACCGAGUGAAAUGCUUACUAUAGUGAGACCAGUAAAUUCUGCUACAGUUCCUCCGGGAUUACAGCAAUUGGCAGAAAAACAGGGUUUGGAAUUGAGAAUAUGCCCUAAUGAAAAGGUGUUAUUGAAUCUUCUUUGUGCCAGUAUCAAGAGACUGGACCCAGAUGUAUUCAUAGGUCACAGACUAGAAAACAUCUCAUUGGAUGUUUUAGUGCAAAGAAUGUAUGACUUCAAGAUAUCCACCUAUUCUGCACUUGGUCGUCGUAAUAGAAAGCUGUUCCCAGAAAGAUUUGGACGUAACAACAAGGGCUUCGGAAACAACUUGCUUAUCCGUGAGAUUUUCCAGGGAAGGUUGUUAUGUGAUAUUGCCAACGAAAUGGGUCAGUCGUUAACUUCUAAGUGUCAGUCUUGGGAAUUGCCUGAAAUGUACGACGUAGUCUGCAAGAAGAAACACCUUCCCAUCGAAAUCAACUAUCAGAGUCCUCAGUUUGUGGAGAACGCAGAUGUUAUGUUGAUGGCACUUAAGGAUAAUGCUAGCAAUGUCCAGAUCACAGCCGAGAUUGCCUUUUCCAUUCAAAUUCUCUCUUUGUCUAAGCAAUUGACUAACAUUGCUGGUAACGCUUGGUCUCACACUCUAAGUGGUACCAGAGCUGGUAGAAAUGAAUUCAUUUUAUUACAUGAGUUCAAGAGAAAUAAUUAUAUUGUUCCAGACAAGGAAGACAAAUUCCACAAGAACGCCAAUCACCAACAAGAAGCGAAGAUGGAAGCUACAGAGGAUGACGCUACUACUGUAACGUCCAACAAGAAGCCAAAGUAUCAGGGUGGUCUUGUGUUUGAGCCGGAGAAGGGCUUGCACAAGAACUACAUUCUUGUUAUGGAUUUCAACUCGUUGUAUCCCAGUAUUAUCCAAGAAUUCAACAUCUGUUUCACUACAGUUGACAGAGAUAACUUCAACGUUACUCAUGAUGAAGAUAGAGAUAUGCCUUCACUUCCUGAAAGGGAUUCUGCUGCUGGUGUCUUACCCAGAUUGUUGAACAGCUUGGUGUCCCGUCGUAGAGAAGUCAAGAAGUUGCUUAAGGAUCCCAAGAAUACACCCUUCCAAAGAGCCCAGUACGAUAUCAGACAGCAGGCUUUGAAGUUGACAGCCAACUCUAUGUAUGGUUGCUUGGGUUACAUCAAUUCUAGAUUCUAUGCUAAGCCAUUGGCUAUGUUGGUGACAAACAAGGGUAGAGAAAUCUUGAUGGAUACCAGACAAUUGGCAGAAUCCAUUGGUUUAAGAGUUGUUUAUGGUGAUACAGACUCGGUUAUGAUUGAUACUGGUGUCGAUGAUUUCCAAGAAGCUAUCAAAAUAGGUGAGCAAUUCAAGCUACAGGUUAAUGAAAGAUACAGAUUGUUGGAAAUAGAUAUCGAUAACGUAUUCAAGCGUUUGUUGUUGCAUGCUAAGAAAAAGUACGCCGCCAUGAAUGCCUCCAUCAACUCCAAGACUGGUGAAAUCAGCACAACUUUGGAAGUAAAGGGAUUGGAUAUGAGACGUCGUGAAUACUGUCAGCUCUCGAAAGAAAUAUCAGCAUUUGUAUUGAUGAAGAUCUUGUCGGAUUUGGAUCCUGAAAAGGCUUUAGGUGAUGUUUAUGACUAUUUGGAGGAAAUGUCAGGUAAGAUUAAGAAUAAUGAAAUUGCCGUUGACAAGUAUAAGAUCAACACCAAGUUAUCCAAGGACCCGAAUAACUACCCCAACGGUAAAUCUAUGCCUCAGGUUCAAGUAGCAUUAAAAUUACGUUCCGAUGGUAAGGUCAUCAAAGCUGGUAGUGUUAUUACUUAUGUGAUCACUGCUCCGAAGUCUGAUGACGACAAGUCGCUGCCCCCAGAGAGGGCCAGAGCUAUCCAUGAGCUCUUGGGAAAGAAGACAGACUUGAAGCCAGACGCCAACUACUACUUGGAAAAACAAAUUUUUGCUCCCGUAGAAAGAUUGUUGGAAAGAAUAGAAGGCAUUGAUAUGGUGAGAGUGGCUAAGUGCUUGGAUAUCGACACCAAGAAGUUCAUCUUGAGAGUUAAGAAUAGCGAAAAUACUGGCGAAAUCACAUCGUUGGAAGCAAGUGUUACGGACUCCGAAAGAUUCAGACAAGCCAGUUUCCUUGUAUUGAAUUGUAAGUGUGGCAAACAAUUCCGCUUUGGAGGUAUAAUUGCUUCCCGUGAUUAUUCUGUUACCUUCAAUGGUGUGACGUGUAAUUCUUGCAGCUACAACUUCCCUGUUCUCAAGCUCACUGCACAAUUGGAGGGUGCCAUUCGUAAACACAUCUCGGUGUACUACUCGGGUUGGUUAGUCUGUGACGACAACGCUUGUGGAAUCACUACCAGACAAAUCUCGGUGUACGGUAAGCGUUGCAUAGGUUCGUCUGGAUUGGCUCAUGGCUGUAAGGGUAUCAUGAGAUACAAAUACAGUGAUAAGGCCUUGUACAACCAAUUGUUGUAUUUCAAUGCAAUUUUCGAUGUCGACAAGGCAAAGAAAGACGAAUUGAGACCGAUCUAUGAUGCAUUUACUCAGAGUGCACAAGCUGCACCAACUAAGCUUGCUUCGGGACAAGUUGCUGCUCUUGCUGAACAGAACAGAGAAUUAUUUGGAUAUUGCCAGGAUGUUGUGCAGAAGUAUUUGCAGGACUGUGGGCGUCGGUAUGUGAACAUGGGGUCGAUUUUUGACUUCAUGGGCGUAUAAUGUAUAAUAGAAUAAAAUGAACAAAAUCUAAUGAAGGUAUAAUAGUAAUUUAGUUAAUGUAAUAUACUACAUAUACAUC